UGUAGCAGUGAACCACCUACAAAGAAAAUGCGGCUCAGUAUUCUACGAGAUAUAACUGUGCCUGUUCAAUCGGCAGUGCCAUGUCCAAAAGGCGAUCUUCGCUGUUUCUCUGUGGAGAAAAUGCAGGAAGAAAUUAAGAACCUUAAACACAAGCUUGCUGCAUCUCAGAAAAGAGCAAAGUCUUUGGAGAGGGAGAAUGAGAACCUUCAUAAAGGUAUCGACAAAUACUUCAAUAAAGACCAGCUGCAGAGUCUUCACAAGUCUACAAUGCAAAGCACAGCAUGGCAAGUGUUCUAUCUGAGCAGGAGAGGCAUGCCGUGCUCAUGCUCGAUGAGAUUCAGCUAACCAAAGGAAUGGAUUUUGACACUUCAACAGGUCGUAUAAUGGGAACUCCAACUGUGCCACCUACUAAAGGCAGUACUAGAGACAACGCUCUGGCAACACAUGGGCUCGUCUUUAUGCUUGGUGGUUUGUCAACACGGUGGAAACAGACUGUAGCUUAUGAGUUGACAGAGAGCAGCUUCCAUGCUGCCACGAUAAAAGCACGGAUUGUAGACAUCAUAGAUGCAUGUGAGCAGAUAGGCAUUAAAGUGCAUGCUGUUA